CUUGCUCCAGAACUCUUCGAACCCAAAGAAUGAUGAACCUUUCCGACAGCCACACUCCGGGCUUCGACCAAGGCCUUUCGCCGACACCGGCGCCGUUGCUCUUCUACUGGCCCUGGUCGGCCAACAAUGACUGGCAGCUGAUCGCCUCCGCGCUGGUGGGCCUCCAAAGCGUGCCAGGCCUCAUCAUCCUCUACGGCAGCAUGGUGAAGAAGAAGUGGGCCGUGAACUCGGCUUUCAUGGCUCUCUACGCCUUCGCCGCCGUGCUCCUCUUCUGGGUUCUCUUCGUCCACCGCAUGUCCUUCGGCGAUCGCUUCGGCCCGCUUCUCGGCCGACCGGCCAUGGCGGUCCCCGAGGAGUACCUCACAAACCAAGCGUCGGGAUUCUUCUUCCCCAAUGCCACCUACGUCUUCUUCCAGUUCGUGUUCGCGGCCAUCACGGUGAUCUUGUUGGCCGGAUCGUUGCUUGGGAGGAUGAACUUUUAUGCGUGGAUGUUGUUCGUGCCGCUGUGGCUCACGGCCUCGUACUCGGUCGGCGCGUUCACGGUGUGGGGGGGCGGCUUCCUAGAGACAAGAGGGGUGUUGGACUUCGCCGGAGGGUAUGUUAUCCACGUCUCGUCCGGCGUCGCCGGAUUCACGGCGGCAUAUUGGGUGGGCCCGCGGAUAUCCAACGACCGGCAGGACUUCCCGCCCAACAACAUCAUCAACAUGCUGUUCGGCGCCGGCCUCCUCUGGCUGGGUUGGUCCGGCUUCAACGGCGGCGCCCAGGGCUCCCCCGACCCCAUCUCCUCCCUCGCCAUCCUCAACACCCACCUCUGCACUGCCACCAGCCUCUUCAUCUGGCUCACCUUCGACAUGCUCUUCUAUCACAAGAGCUCCGUCAUCGGCGCCGUCCAAGGGAUGAUCACCGGCCUUGUCUGCAUCACCCCGGCCGCCGGGCUUGUCCAGCCGUGGGCGGCGAUGCUGAUGGGGCUCAUCUCAGGGUCCGUGCCAUGGUACACGAUGAUGGUGCUGCACAGACGAAUAGCCUUCUUUCAGAAGGUCGACGACACGCUGGGGGCGUUCCACACCCACGCCGUCGCCGGGGCCUUGGGCGGCCUGAUCGCUGGUCUCCUCGCGCAUCCCCGGUUAACGAAGCUGGUCUACCCGAAGGAUCAAUACCAGCCUGGCUUGUUGUAUACCUUCAAGGAUGGGAAGCCGGGCCCCGGCUUCAAACAGCUCGGAGACCAGAUCCUUGGAGCGGUGUUUAUAGCUGUGUGGAAUAUUGUUGUGACAACCCUCAUAUGUUUGGCCAUCCGAAUAUUCAUGCCGCUGAGGAUGGACGAAGAAGAUCUACGGAUAGGGGACGAUGCGGUACAUGGGGAGGAGGCGUACGCGCUGUGGGGGGAUGGGCUGAAGACUCGGACCUACGUUCGGUGGAGCAUGUCGCCGGUGUUGCCAGCCUUUUGUCGUGGACCUCGUGGGUGCUGACCGUGAUUACGUGCGAGCUAGUUUGGUCGGUAUUGGGCCUCCUUUGGGUUAUUCAAUCGAUAGGAUU